UUUCUGCCAAGUACAUAAGGAGCAAUCCUAUGCUAGACCGGACAGGAAAAAAGACCCACAACUCCCAGCAUCUCUCAGCGAACGUCCCUCUUCUUCCCGAAGUUUCUAAAGGUUCCUUAUGAGCACCGUUGUGUGAGAGCAAGAUCCUGCGAGAUGCCCAACGCUGCUGCCCACCUGCCCUUCUACUACGGAAGCAUUUCCCGCGCAGAUGCAGAGGAGUACCUCAAACUGGCCGGGAUGGCCGAUGGGCUGUUUCUGCUCCGCCAGUGCUUCCGGAACCUGGGCGGGUAUGUUCUCUCAGUGGUGCACAAGCUGCAAUUUUACCACUAUCCCAUCGAGCGCCAGAUGAACGGCACCUACGCCAUCGCCGGCGGGAAGGCGCACUGCGGCCCCGAGGAGCUCUGUGAAUUUUAUUCCAAGGAUGCUGACGGACUUUGCUGCCUGCUCCGCAAGCCGUGCAACCGCCCCAGCAGCGUGGAGCCCCAGCUGGGAAUCUUCGACAACAUCCGGGAGAACAUGGUGCGCGAAUACAUCCGGCAGACAUGGAACCUGGAGGGAGAAAACCUGGAACUUGCCUUCAUAAACCAAGCUCCCCAGGUGGAGAAACUGCUUGCCACCACAGCCCACGAGAAGCAAAUUUGGUACCAUGGCUCCAUCACCCGGGAGCAAGCCGAAAGCCGGCUCUAUUCUGGAGCACAGCCUGACGGGAAAUUCUUGAUGCGGCAGAAGAGAGAGAAAGGCAUGUAUGCGCUGUCCCUUAUCUACGGGAAGACGGUGUAUCACUACCGGAUAAAGCAGGACAAAGCAGGGAAAUACUCUGUGGAAGACGGGACCAAGUUUGAUACACUCUGGCAGAUGGUAGAGUACCUCAAACUCAAACGGGAUGGCCUGAUCCAUUAUCUGAAAGAAAGUGCUCCCAAUCCAGACAUGGCAACGGCUGCCAUGGCACCGGCCCUACCAGCACACCCAUCCGGGGUGGCCAAUAAGAGACUCACACCUCAAAACUCUGAAAGAUACGCUCCUGAACCCAUAGGGGCCAGGAUCUUACCCAUGGACACGUCAUGCUACGAGAGUCCUUACAGUGAUCCGGAAGAGCUGAAGGAGCGGAAGCUGUUUCUGAAGAGGAGCAACCUCAUGGUUGACGAGGUGGAGCUGGGCUCAGGCAACUUUGGCUGUGUCAGGAAAGGAGUUUACAAAAUGAAGAAGUAA